UUACCAUCGCCAAUUUCUUUUCCCGAAAACAUCACGUAGCCAUCUCGUUUCCAUAUUCACCAUACCAUUUUCGAUCUCCUUCAAUGUUCUGCAUCUACGCAGGUUGAAUCCAUCUGUGGACAGGAUCAAAACCUCUAUCUUGUCAAGUGGGUGGGCUUCAAAGAAAUGACUUGGGAGCCUGCAGCCCACCUGAACUGCCCAGCACUUCUCAAGAAAUUUCAUGCACAGGAAAGGAGUGCCCUUCAUCCCACAACAAUCAAAAGAGCCAUCAGCAAAACAAUAAAAAGACCCAUCAACAAAGGGAAACCAAGCAUCCCCAAGACAACCUCUUCUGCAUCCAUGCCCACCAUCUGGCUGGCACCCUCCGCUGCGGACAUUCUCAAAAUCCCAAUCCUCCUCAAUACACCUAUCAAUACGCCACACCGAGAUGAGUGGUCAUGCCUACUUGCCACAGCGGAGUAUUGUACAUCAGUGUACAAUGAUACAGAUGCUGAGGGGCCCCCAGAUGGGUUCCAGUGGCUGGAGGGGUAUCAGUAUUCAGCAAUGCCACCUCCCAGCUCAGAGGCACUUGCUGGCUGCUCUUGUGUGGGCAAUUGCAUGAUGAGUGGGGAAUAUGCCUGCCAAUGCAUCUUGGAAUGUGUGGAAUCACAGGCCCCAUAUGAUGCUUCUGGCCAUAUGCAGCAUCGUCCAGAGCAAGGUGUUGUGUAUGAGUGCAACCCUAAUUGCUCUUGUGCUAAGAACUGUGGAAUGAAGGUGGCACAGCACGGCAGAAAGGUUGCCUUGCAGAUAUUUCGCUGUGGGGGACAGAAGGGAUGGGGUGUCAGGGCACUGGAAAAUAUACCACAGGGAACUUUUGUAUCCAAGUAUGCAGGGGAAAUGAUGCCCAGCAAACUGGCUGAUUGGCAGGCCCAAACAUGUGAUGGCGCUUUCCUCUUCAGCCUGGACUACUUUGGUGAAUCCUCCACCAGUGGCAUGUCUUAUGUCAUUGAUGCAAAGAAGUUUGGCAACAUUGCGCGGUUUUUCAACCACUCCUGUGAUCCAAACAUGGCGUGCUAUGCCAUGUUUCUGACCACACAAACAGCGGAAAUACAUGACCUUGCUUUUUUCACCACACGGGAUGUCACAGCUGGUGAGGAGCUGACCUUCUCGUACUUUGGAAAUGCCGCAGUAGGGAGCAAAGGGAAAGUUUCAAAGGCUGCUGGUACUGUCUGCUUAUGUGGCUCUGCAAAGUGUCAAAAAUUUGUAUUGAUGGGAGGCAUGGCUUGAUGGGGUCAGCAUGUAAAUGUUUACUUGCACAUAU